CCGUCUUCUGCUCGUGGGCUUGGCUCGUGCCUCCUUUCUCGGCAAGAUGGCGGCUCCUAGCUGUGGUGCCCCUGGCCUCUGGGUCCGGGGUUCCUGGCAGCGUCUGGGGAAUCUCUUCACUUUCGUCUCAAAGCCACUUUGUUCCGCUGCUGCUGCCUCUCGGCCCCUGGAUGCCCAGCGAUUAGCGGAGAGGCUUCGAGCCCAGAAACAGGAACAAAAGACGAAGAAGCCGGUGCCCACAAACCCUGUUCAGCGGAGAGUGCAAGAACUACUGCGGUUCACAGAGCAGCUGCAGCGCGUCCACCCCAACGUGCUUGCUAAGGCGCUGAGCCGAGGACUUGUCCACCAGGACAAGGACCUUGUGGUCAUCAAUAAGCCCUACGGUCUCCCUGUGCAUGGUGGCCCUGGGGUCCGGCUCUGCAUCAGUGAUGCACUGCCUGUCCUGGCGAAGAUGCUUCACGGCCACAAGGCAGAGCCCUUGCAUCUGUGCCAUCGGCUGGACAAGGAAACUACAGGCGUAAUGGUGUUGGCUUGGGAAAAAGAAGUGGCGCAUAAAGUCCAAGAGUUGUUUAGAACCCGUCAGGUGACAAAGAAGUACUGGGCCAUCACGAUGCGCGUGCCGGUGCCCUCAGCGGGAGUCGUGGACAUUCCCAUCAUUGAGAAGGAGGUGCAGGGCCAGGAACGACACCACAAGAUGACGCUGUCCCCGAGCUACUGCAUGGACAAUGGGAAGAUAGUGAGGGUGCGGACCAGCAGGAACGCACACCUGGCUGUGACUCAGUACCGGGUGCUGAGCAGCACCCUCUCCUCCGCCCUCGUGGAGCUCCAGCCUGUUACCGGAAUAAAGCAUCAGCUUCGAGUUCACCUGUCUUUCGGGUUGGAUUGCCCAGUCCUUGGUGAUCACAAGUACUCGGACUGGAACAGGCUGGCCCCCCAGAAGCUGUCUGCCUGCAUCCUGAAGAAGAUGGGGCUGCCGCAGUCCAAGGCCCGCCACAUCCCCCUUCACCUGCAUGCCUGCCAGCUGACUCUGCCUGCCCUGCAGCCCGGGAAGGAGGAACUCAACUUGGUCUGCAAGCCUCCUCGAUACUUUGUCCAUUCCCUGCGCCGUCUGGGCUUAAAGAUGCCGAGUCGGGAUCAAAAUGGGGACGAGGAAGCCACACACUCAGGAGCACAGUGAAGACAGUUGGGCAGUUUGCCCUGAAUUCUUCUCUCUGUUUAAGGGACUCUGCUAACUUCUCACUUGGGACAGACUCCAGAAGAGCCAGGCCUGAUGAGUUGAAGAAACAGCUGCUUCAGGGCUCUUACUGGGGACUAGUGUCUGUUUCUCGACACUUUGGCCACAUGCUGGAAAAGCCAGCAGGCAGUCUGUCUGCUUCAGCGUGGAAGAGAGCCCAAGACCAGGAGAACUAAAGCACAGAAUCUGUGAUCAGGAACUGUUUUUACCCAACAAUAAAGCUCUUGGUCUGUCAGGAAAGUUCCUGUGGUUGGAGAGAACAUAAUGGUUGUCUAGCUCACAGAGAUUCAGAAGCAGCUUCUGCUGUCCUCAUGGAGCUGCAGGAUCUAUCAGCAAAGCCUUCCUGCUUUAUUUGUUCAGUCUCAGAUUUUGUAGCCAGCGAUCAUAGACUACAAGGAUUCUCUUCAGCCUCAGCUCGCGCCCCUUACUGUGCAAGUGACCAUGGGGCCUGCAAAGGGCUGUUCAGUGAGCAAGCAAAGCAGGUGUAAAUGGCAGGCAGGUAACAAAAACGAGUGGAGCAAGCAGGGUGUAAGGCCGUGGUGCGGAGCACCCACAUGUCUAAAGAGGGCAGUUGUUAGCUCCAGCUGAGAGUUGCUCUGUGGGAACAGGUUUUCUAACUUUAUUUAUUUAUUUAUUUAUUUAUUUAUCUCUCUCUCUCUCUCUCUCUCUCUCUCUCUCUCUCUCUCUCUCUCUCUCUCUACCAGGUCUUAGUUGCGGCACACGGGAUCUUUGUUAUGGCAUGCAGGAUCUUUAGCUGUGGCAUGCGAACUCUUAGUUGCGGCAUGUGGGAUCUAGUUCCCUGACCAGGGAUCAAAUCCGGGCCCACUGCAUUGGGAGUGCAGAGUCUUAACCACUGGACCACCAGGGAAAUCCUAACUUUUUUCAGAGAGUCAGGAAACCCAGAUAUUUAUGUGAAAUCUCCCAGUAUAUUGCUAACUAAAUCAAAAUUUUUAAAAAAACACUUGGAUAGCCAAGCAGAACAUAUUUGUAGGUUGGAUUUGGUCUGCAGGCUGCCUGUUUGCAAUCUAAAGAAUGGUGUAGAAGUUUGGGGAAAGGGAUCAUCUUGAAAGUUCUGGAUCAGUAGUUGGCAUUUUAGCUCCAUGUAGCAUCUGUCCUUUCUAGACUAGGGGAUGGCUUUGAUUAAUCUGUAAAUAUGUGGUUGUGAGGGGGCUGCCGGUUUUUUGAAUCUCCUUUGUUUUGGAAGCAAGCCUGUCCUUGGGUCUCAGGAGGGAGAUGCAGAGCCGAGCACCCCGCGGGAGGGAGUUAUCAGCCAUCCCACUCAGUUGUCCAGCUGGCUCCCAUCUUAUUUCUUGCAACAGUACCAUCUUGCAAACAAGUACACCUCACGUUACUUUGGCUGAGCUGAGAAAACUCAGAGUGACAGCACAGCUGGGGAGAAGCCCCAAGAACAGUCGUUAGGUGUUCUCUCUGUGUAGAUAAUACAACUUUCUAAAAACCCACUUUCCUAUUUCCAUGAUGCCUGUUACCAUGCACGAUGGAUUGAACUUUAAAAGUCCAGAUGAAAUAACUGUCCAGUAAGUCCCCACCAUACGAACGAGUUCCAUUCUGAGAGUAUGUUUGUAAGUCCAAUUUGUUCGUAAGUCCAACAGAGUUAGCCUAGGUACCCAACUGACACAAUCGGCUAUAUAGUACUGUACUGUAAUAGGUUUAUAACACUUUUCACACAAUGUAUUAAAAGCAAAAAAUAAAACAUUUUUAAUCUUACAGUACAGUACAACAGCUGGCAUCCAGGGGCUGGCAUCGAGUGAACAGGCAAGAAGAGUUACUGACUGGAGGAGGGAGAGGAGGUGGGAGACGGUAGAGGUGAAGGAUUGUCAGCAAUAGGAGAUGGAGGGCAAGCUGCAGUACCAGCUAUAUCACCACUGCUUUUACGCUUGCUUCUGGACAUCUUGAGCUUGAAAUAAAGAUACUGUACUACUGUACUUUAUACAUUACUAUACAGUGAAGUACACAGAAGCACAACCACUUACAGAGGAUGCAGGCAUGUGACAAUGUACGCCAGACAUGUGAACUAACGUGAUUGGACAUGCAAAUGCACGUUCGCAUCUUUGAAAGUUCGCAACUUGAAGGUUUGUAUGUAGGGGACUUACUGUAUUUGUUUCUGUAAGGCCUAAAAAUGUUGGCUGUUUGUUGUUUCUAUUUCUAGUAAACCAUGCUCCUCGAGAUAAAGGUACAAGAACGUGACACUUAGAAAAUACUGAUAAUUGACUUUGAAUUGGGGAGGCAAUUGAAGAAGACCCCUGGUUUUGUGAGUGUUUGGAGAAACCCCAGGAACCUGGGAACCGCCCCCAAAGGGACCAGGCAGUCCAGAUGUAGGGCAGCCCGGGCUGCAGGCGUCUGGCUGGAAGAGGUGGGUCAGCACCAGCCUGCAGCGGUCUGCUGGCGACAUUCCCGACUGCUGGGCGGCUAGGGCAGGGCGCGGAGUGUAACGGUGCUCUUCCCUUUCCUGUCUGUGUUUUCCUAGUCUUGCUGGGUGUAGCAGUUAUCCAGGAUAAUCUAAGAGAACUUCUAUGCCAGGUUGGCGUGGCCUGGGAGGUGGGCUACAUCCAAGGGAGGCUGGAGCGUGCCUAAAAUGAAAUAUUGGUUAGAGCCAGUGAAAAGGUUGGAUUUGGU